AGCCUGUACUUAUUCCCAAUAUGUUCCCUAACUACAUCCGUGCCCCCAAUGGAGCAGAGGCUAAACCAGUCAGUCAACUGUACAAAGAUGAUGAAGAUGAUUACCUGGAUAUAACACUGUCCCUGAUGAGUGACCGGUCUCUGAACGGCACAGGGAGCCAGGAGUGGUGGAACAUUGCCAUUGCGAACUGUGAGCCUUCAUUAUGUGACGUGCUACCAAUGGUCAUAUUUAACGACAAAGUCAGCCCACCGAGCCUGGGAUUCCUGGCUGGAUACGGUAUCAUGGGUCUGUAUGUGUCCGUGGUCCUGGUCAUUGGGAAGUUUGUGCGUGGCUUCUUCAGUGAGAUUUCCCACUCCAUCAUGUUUGAGGAGCUGCCUUGUGUGGACCGCAUCCUGAAGCUUUGCACUGAUAUUUUCCUGGUGCGAGAAACAGGAGAGCUGGAGUUGGAAGAGGAGCUUUACUCCAAACUGAUCUUCCUCUAUCGAUCUCCAGAGACGAUGAUCAAAUGGACUCGAGACAUCCACAUUAGAGAGCAGGACUGA